AUGAACUGGUGCCGCAUCCAAGUCCAGGUACUUUCUGUACUGAGCUUUCCCGAUGUCGGUGAUGAGCCAGGAAGGAUUAACUGGACUCAAUCUGCUCGUAGUCUUGAGACAAUGGCAGAGGUAGCUCGAACACAUAUGGUUGUGCCUUGCAUGGAUACGAAUCGGGUCUACAUAGUGGAAGUGGAUGAGAGUAGCAUGAAAAUUGUCAAGACAAUAGGCGCAGAACUUCUUGGACACUACGAUAUCUCCUGUCCAUAUGCCGUGCAUGUCUUGCCACUCAAAGGUGCUCCUGUUCAUGUUGCCACAAUGGGAGAUAAGGAUGGUCAUGGCAAAGGUGACUUUCUGCUGAUUGACCGCAACUCCUUCGAGAUACGCGAACGCCACAACCGCACCGGAUUCGCAGGUUUUGGAGGUGACUUCAGCUUUCAAACCAGGAGAAAUCUCUUGAUAGCCAGUGAGUGGGGCCAUCCACGACUUUUCCGGAACGGCUUUACUCGCAGCGAGAUCGAAAAUGUGUCGGAAUCGUUCGGAUGUCAGCUGCAUGUUUGGCAAAUUUCACCGGGAAUUUUGAAGGAAAGCAUUGAUCUUGGAGCUUAUGAUGGUUGUCUGACUACAACAAUUCGCUUCCUACAUAAUCCAGAAUGCAAUCAUGCGUUUGCCUGCUCUGCAGUAGGUUCGUCCGUGUUCCAUCUCCAUAUGAACUCUGUCAAUGACAAAUGGAGCGCAGACAAAGUCUUCCAUGUAGAUCCAAUACAGGUGGAGAAUUGGCUCUCACCUGAGAUGCCCGCGCUUCUCACGGACCUCGUAAUAUCCAUGAAUGACAAAUUUGCAUAUGUAGCUGGCUGGCUUCAUGGAUGUAUAUGGCAAUUAGACAUAGCAGAUCCCUUUCGAGUUUCACCUUUAAAUAAGAUAGUGCUUGGAGGAUUCCUAGGCGGGAUGUGCGAUGCAUUUAUCAAAUCACCAUCAGUCAACAAUUCAAAAAACUCGAGCGAGUUUGCUUUCGACUUGGGAGUCGUGGCUCCCAGGAAGACCACAGUUGUCUGCGGUGUGAUCUUCCGUGGUGGACCCGCUUUUCUACAGCUCAGUGUCGAUGGCAAGCGACUCUAUGCUGGAAACUCCUUCUAUAAACAAUGGGACGCCCAGUUUUAUCCAGAACUGAUUGCGUGUGUCAGAGUUACAUAUCCCGAUUCAUUACUACAAGCAUUAUUUCAGAAAAGGAGGACAAAUCGUGAGGGUAGACAUCAGCGAUACGAAUGA